CAGGGCAUAGUCAUUACAGUUGCAGCGGAGCCGAGGAUUCCAACAUCGCCCCUCACGGACAGCCCACACUACCACUGGAAACAUGGAUAAAUUUUGUGGAACAUGGAAGAUGAUUUCCAGCGAAAACUUUGAUGAUUACAUGAAGGCAAUAGGUGUCGGCUUUGCCACUCGGCAGGUGGGAAACAGGACCAAGCCCAACCUCGUCGUCUCCGCCGAUGAGCAAGGCAAUGUUAUCAUGAAGUCGCAAAGCACUUUCAAAACCACCGAGAUCAAAUUUAAACUGAACGAAGAGUUUGACGAGACCACUGCUGACGACAGAAAGACAAAGACUGUAGUAACUCUAGACAGCGGCAAACUCGUGCAGAAACAGUCGUGGGACGGCAAAGAGACGAUAGUGGAGAGAGAGAUUGAGGACGGAAAACUGAUAACGAAAUGCGUGAUGGGAGACAUCGUGGCAGUGAGGACGUACGUGAAGGACGCAUGAGAUGCGCCGUGGAUACCUGCAGGAGUCGGAGGACGCUAUGCUCAGUUCAAUGAGCCAGAAGGGAACGCGAGUUUUCCUCUCAUUCAUUUUUUCUCUCUUUGUAACACUAAAAACUAUUCUCUAUUCAUUCCAAGUUAAGACGUCGAUUUUAUUGAUUUUAGAGCUUUGAAUAAAAUUUUACUUUUUUUGCUUGA